CUUUGUGCAUAAAAAAAGGCCGACCACCAAAGAACAUAAAUUUUUGCAAAAAUAUUCUUUUUCAGUAAAUUUUAAUAAAAAUCCGCCGGAAAAUAUUUAAAAAAUCAUGGCAGUACGUUUAACGCAAAGAUUGCUCAAGACCCAAACACCAUUCCUAUGCAGGAGCUAUCCUCUUUUGGUGACCAAGGAAAAAACUGAAGAUGUUGCACAUACCAAAUCUGCUUUGCAAAGAAAAUUGACGAAAACAGAUAUUCCUUCAGCUCAAUAUGGUGGUCGUCAUGCUGUAACCAUGUUACCUGGUGGUGGCAUUGGUCCUGAACUCAUGAAAUAUAUACGUGACAUUUUCGUCUAUUGCGGUGCUCCCAUUGAUUUUGAAGUCAUUGAAAUUGAUCCCAACACCGAGGGCAAUGAUGAUUUGGAAUAUGCCAUCACCUCGAUUAAACGUAAUGGAGUAGCUAUUAAGGGUAACAUUGAAACUAAAUCCCAUAGUUUGACUGAAGUUUCACGUAAUGUGGCCAUUCGUAACGAAUUGGAUUUGUAUGUCAAUGUUGUACACUGCAAAUCGUUCCCCGGUAUUCCUGCCCGCCACAACAAUGUCGAUAUUGUUUUGAUUCGUCAAAAUACCGACGGUGAGUAUGCCAUGUUGGAACAUGAAUCGGUGCCCGGCAUUGUAGAGAGCAUGAAGGUUGUAACCAUCGAGAAUGCCGAACGUGUUGCUCGUUAUGCUUUUGAAUAUGCCCGUCAAAAUGGUCGCAGAAGGGUGACCACCAUUCACAAGGCCAACAUUAUGAAGUUGUCUGAUGGUUUGUUCUUGGAAGUGGCCAAUCGUGUGCACAAGGAUUAUCCAGAAUUGGAACACAACAACAUGAUUAUCGAUAACACUUGCAUGCAGUUGGUUUCGAAUCCUCAUCAGUUCGAUGUCAUGAACAUGACCAAUUUGUAUGGCACCAUUGUUUCCAACGUAAUUUGCGGUUUGAUUGGCGGUGCUGGCCUUUUGUCUGGCCGUAACUACGGUGAUCAUUAUGCCAUUUUUGAACCUGGUACUCGUAACACUGGUACUGCCAUUGCCGGUAAAAAUAUUGCCAACCCAGUUGCCAUGAUCAAUGCCAGUGUUGAUAUGUUGAAUCAUUUGGGUCACAAGGACCAUGCCCGUGUUAUUCAGGAGGCCACCUAUGAGACCAUUGUUGAUAAGGGUAUUAGAACUCCAGAUUUGGGUGGCACUCACUCCAGCACUGAUGUGGUUAAAUCAAUUUUGGAUAUUCUCUCAAACAAGCGUGUUAACUGGCCUCAUGGAAACUUUUACAGUAAAUUUUAAACAGGAUUUUUUUUUAACUAAUCCAUAAUUAUGUUUUCAUUUAUUUUAAUUUAUUUAACCACCAAAUAUUAAAAUAUUUUACCCUAUGAUAAAUUGAGAUAAAGUAUAACUUUAGUGUUUAAGUAACCUCUACAAAUACUAACCUUUAAAACCAGAAAACAAACCCCAAAUUUCCUUUUUACAACGGCCUAUAAAAAAAAGCUUACAUGUGAAGUGAAAUGUUUAUUACGUUCCUGUUACUGUUUGAAAACUUUAUGAUUGGAAAUUUGUUGAAUACCGUACCCCCCCAAAAAAAACCUAAAUCCCUAAACAAACCUAUGGCUGUGUGUUUGUUACUCUCACUAAUUACUCAAAAGGACUUUUCAUUAAACAAUUUGCAGAGUUCUCUGCUUGUCAACUACAGCCGCCUAUUUACUCUUCUAUUUAAAAAAGAUUCAUCUUUAAUUUGUUAAUUAUUUCUUUCUAAUAUACUUUUUAUCAAUCAAUGAGUUUCCAGUCAUAAUUAUAUUCUAUACAUAGUUUAAUAUCUUAAAUUUAAAUUGUAUUCUAUUAACAUACUCCACUUAAUGCAACAUUAAAAAAACACUUGCUUUUUAAAAAGCUUAGUGUUUUUUACAAUUCAAAUAUGUAAUUUUUAAUUAUACUUACUUGACUUUACUUAAAAUCCCUCCCUUCCUAAUCUUAUGUAUCUUACUAUUUUAUGCUAUUAUUGUAUUAUUUGUGAUUCUCAAUUUAUUUUAUUCUUAUGAUUUGUUUGUAUUAUUUUUCCUUUUUUUUUGUUAACAAAAUCAAUUUAUAUGUCAUUAAAAACUUAGGAAUUCUACCACUAAACUUGACCAUUAUGUAUUAAAUUUGAUUUAGUUUACUAUUAUUUUUUUUAACUUAAAUCAUAAACAAAUUUUAUUAACCGUAUUGAUAUAAUUUAAAAAAAAAACAACCAUACAAUUGAUUUAAUCGAAUAUUUGUUUAGAUAGUCAAGUAAAUAAUUAAAUUAUUUGAAACCAUAGAAAAAGAA